UUGCUAUUUAGCCAACUAGCUAUUUGCCUAAACAGCAUAACCAACCAGCACGGUUAUGGUCGGUGAGACCAACUACCGGAGACCAGUUAGAACCCAACGAACAGUAAGCCAAGGUGGAAAAAGUUACAAAACUCCCGUAGUCUAAUUCACAGAAAACAUGCUGAAAAGUAGUGAUGGGGAAACAAAGCUUCCUGAAGCAUUGGCACUUUCCAGAUAAUUGUAAAAAAAAAAAAAAGUUCAUUACUCAAGGCUUUGAGCGACACAGAAUUUAGAAAAGCCACAUUUUGAAAGAUGACCUCACACACCGUAGCAGCGUAGCCUUCAGGUCUGCUACUAAACCACUGGCCUUCAUCGAGAGCAUCAAGUCCAUGCUGAAUUGUGGGUAAAUGGUGACUGGCUGACUGAUUUAUAAAUAAUAAUGAGUAGUUAUUUAAGAUGCAAGGUGAUUUGUAAAUGAGUCAGCAGCCACCUGCACUGUCGACUGCAAAGUCGAACGAGCCCAAUACCAAACCAAUCAGGUGUUCGACGAAAUUAUUCUUCAGACGUCAUUGAUCACGUGCUGCUGAUAAAGUGAGACUGCUUUGAAUUAUACCCCUUAGCGACUUCAGUACAUGCCUCAUAGCUCCAGUCUCAAACUUAACCCCGUUCCUGCUGAAGAAGAGGCGGUCAUCUGGAUGGAGAAAGAAGCUCUCGUGAAAGAGGUGGAGGAAGAGGAGGCUGUUACAAUACAAAAACAAGUAGAGGUUGAGGCUGUUACCGUGAAAGAAGAGAAAGACGUCUCAGUUAAAGAAGAGGGAGACUCGUUCAGAGUUAAUAAAGAGGGGGACGACGACGUUUCAGUGAACAAAGAGGAGGGGGAGGUGACUGUCACAUCGGAAAAUGAAGAAGAGGAGGAAACUGGAUAUCUCGGCCCGGUUUCCCAAGCGCAUCUUAAGGCGUCCGAUGGUUCUAACGAUGAAGGGGCCCUGAUUAACACUAUCUCGACAACUGUACUCACAACAAGAGAAUCCCACAAUGCUUCCUCCAUUGUUCCUCCAGUCAUCCCCUGGACUCCCUCGCUCUGUGCUGUGAAAGAUGAGAGAGACCUGACUAUCGUGGAUCCUCUGGGGGGCCUCAACAACCUCAUGAUGGUGACAGGGCAGAGAAGAGUCUCUCCAAAUCAAAACACCUCAAGAAACACCAGCAGAGACCCACAGGGAAGAAAUCUCAUUGCUGCUCUGACUGUGGGAAAGGUUGCAAAUCUUCAUCAGAACUUAAAAUACACCAGAGAACACACACAGGAGAGAAACCUUAUAUCUGUGAUCAAUGUGGGAGGAGUUUUCUUCAAGCUAGCCAUCUGACUCAACACCAGAGAACACACACAGGAGAGAAACCUUAUAGCUGUGAUCAAUGU